CGCUGCCUCCGAGGGACCCAGCUCCCGCGCGCCCCGAAAUCGUAAACGCCGCGCCCCGGCCCCCGCUUCGCUGCGGGGCGGAGCUCGCGCCGGCCCCGCCCCUCCGUCCCACGAGCUCCGGCCGGCGCGCCCCCGGCCCAACUGCGGCGCGUGACGCGGGGCGCGCGGCUCCGGCGGCCACCGUGGGCGGGCGCAGAGUGCCCGGACGGCCGGGAGCGGGCGGCAUGGCGGCGGCGGGGACCGCGGCGGGGCCGGCGGGGCCCGAGCCCAUGCCGAGCUACGCGCAGCUGGUGCAGCGCGGCUGGGGCAGCGCGCUGGCGGCGGCUCGGGGCUGCGCGGACUGCGGCUGGGGGCUGGCGCGCCGCGGCCUGGCCGAGCACGCGCACCUGGCGCCUCCAGAGCUGCUGCUGCUGGCGCUCGGCGCGCUCGGCUGGACCGCGCUGCGCUCGGCGGCCACUUCGCGCCUCUUUCGGCCCCUAGCCAAGUGGUGCCGCCUCCAGCCUAGAGAUGCCGCCAAGAUGCCUGAGAGUGCCUGGAAGUUUCUCUUCUACCUGGGUGCCUGGAGCUACAGCGCCUACCUGCUCUUCGGCACUGACUACCCCUUCUUUCACGACCCGCCCUCUGUCUUCCAUGACUGGAAGACGGGCAUGCCAGUACCGCGGGACAUCGCAGUCGCCUACCUACUACAGGGAAGCUUCUACGGCCAUUCCAUCUAUGCCACGCUGUACCUGGACGCCUGGCGCAAGGACUCAGUGGUGAUGCUUAUCCACCACGUGGUCACCUUGGUCCUCAUUGUCUCCUCCUACGCCUUCCGGUACCACAAGGUGGGCAUCCUUGUGCUCUUCCUGCAUGACAUCAGUGACGUGCAGCUGGAGUUCACCAAGCUCAAUGUCUACUUCAAGACCCGCGGAGGAUCCCACUACCGCCUGCACGCAGUGGCCGCAGACCUGGGCUGCCUCAGCUUCAGCCUCAGCUGGUUCUGGUUCCGCCUCUACUGGUUCCCGCUCAAGGUCCUGUACGCCACGAGCCACUGCAGCCUGCGGGCGGCGCCGGACAUCCCCUUCUACUUCUUCUUCAACGCACUCCUGCUGCUGCUCACGCUCAUGAACCUCUACUGGUUCCUGUACAUCGUGGCUUUUGCUGCCAAGGUGCUGACGGGCCAGGUGCGCGAGCUGAAGGACCUGCGGGAAUACGACUCGGCAGAGGCCCUGAGCCUCAAGCCCGGCAAAGCUGACCCCCAGCGCAAUCUCCCAAAGGAUCAAAGAUGUCGGUGCGGAAGUGGAAGCUGUGAAAUCAGACAAGAGCUGAAAUAAGAGACUGUGUCAUCUAACAAUUGAACUAUGAGAAGCUGGGAACCCCACCUCUCCGUCUAAAGGACCAACAGGCAAAGCUGAAGAUAUGGGACAGAUGGAAGGUCCACGGGGGGCUUAUCUCUGAUCUCCCAGAUAAAGGGCUCCUGCGGUGGCAGCCAGAGAGAGAAAGCAUCUUCCCACGGAGAAGUGGGCAAGGGGGGGGGAGGGUGCUCCCAGGAAGGGGCAUCCGGUGGCUCCAGCCCAAGGGAAGAGUGAAUUAAAGUGACUGAGAUCAACUUCUCCAGGAAAGUCUCUACGUUCUCAUAUGGAAGGGUCCCUGACCUAGAGUGCUCCACAAACCAAAGGGCUGCAGGGGGCAGUCAUGCACAUAACGCUAGUAUCUGAGGAUACACAGAAGUCAAACGGUGAUAGAACCUUAUGAGCCGCUUGGUAGAACUGGGAGUUUUCCGUGCUUUCUGAUGUCUAGAUCGUGAGAAUAUAUUACUGGCUCAAAAAACUUAAUACAUUUGUACGUAAACUAGACAGUAGAACUCACUUCAGCAGAGACUGAUGGACCAUGUGCAAAGGCACGAAGAGCUCUCAUAGGUGGGAAUAGGAAUGGUGAAUGGCCAGUGUCCGUGACCAUAAGGCUGUGGGAAGAUGCUGUCUUGACACCAGCAGGUUGGCCAGUUAAACAGGAUGCGAUGCCGAGCAGGUGGCGAGGAGCAGGGGCAGACCUGUUGGGUCCAGUAAGGUGGGCCUGGGCAGACCCCCAGAGCGCAGGUCUCCCCCCAGUCGGAACCCCAGAGACCUGCCACUAACACAGUCAGGGAAGAUGGGAUUAAGGAGUGCAGCAGUGCACACGGGCGCGAUCUCCGUGGCAAAUUUUUGGAAAAGUGAGGUUCAGAAGACGUUAUAGACAGUUUGAAAUAUGCAGACCGUGCAUGUCGUUUAGAAGUUAGGGGUCUUUCUCUGGGAUCUUCAGCUUACAGUAUUGAUUUGUUUUAAAACGCCACAUAACUUGUUUUAAGGACAUGGAAGCAAAGUAGGGGCUGUGGUAGAUGUAGAUGGAGGGCAGUGGAUGGAGAAUCACGGGCUGGGAAGCCUUUCCUGGCGGGGCCGCUGGAGCUGGAGAGGAGCCUGCCCAGUGCGGUGGCACGCGCCUCUGGCCAGCUCUGCUUCCCUGGGAGGGGAGGAGGAUAAGGAGCUGGUCCAGGUCCAGGCGAUGGGGUGAAGUCAGGCAGAGGUUAGUAGGUGACUUUUGCUCUCCAGCUGCCGCGGGUGGCCCAGCUGGGAGGGGAGAGGAAGGUUUAAUUGUGGGGAGGAGCAGGGACCACUUGCUCAGCAGGCAGAUAGCAGGGUCUUUUGGCCUUGUGGGCUGGGAGGAAGAAUGGGGGCGGGGCUGGGAAAAGGGAUGUGGAGGGCCAGGAGGGCGGGACGGGGGUGCGGGGA